AUGGACCAGAGCACCCAACUGACUGUGGGCCCAACAUCACAACAGAAAGUACUUUUACGCAGUAGGAAAGAAGUGCGCGUGGAUUUUCCCCUUGACACAAUGCACAAGUACUCGGAACUUCCUGUCCCAGAGCUCCAAGAUACGAUACUUUACCGAAGAUUCCCGACAAGGUCGUCUCUGUUACCCACCGUAUUAUCGUCCGCAAAAUCAUCGGAACCUACUUUGGAUUCGACCGCUGAUCUAUUUAUCCGCCCAUCGCUUCCACGCCAAAUGUUCCCCUGCCAUUGUAAAACGCCGACGGAAGGGGAGUCACUUGACGAGCCCAAAUUGCAUUUAGAAGCCAGCGAACUUUGGAGACAGUUUCACCGCUGUUGCACUGAAAUGGUCAUUACCAAAUCUGGAAGGCGCAUGUUCCCACCUUUAAGGUUAAAAUGCAGCGGGAUGGAAACAAAAGCCAAAUACAUUCUUAUGAUGGACAUCGUGACAACGGAUGAGUGUAGAUAUAAAUUUCAUAAUUCCCGCUGGAUGGUGGCGGGGAAGGCGGACCCGGAGUUGCCCAAGCGCAUGUACAUACACCCGGACAGCCCCGCUACAGGCGCGCAAUGGAUGUCUAAAGUGAUCACUUUCCACAAAGUGAAGCUUACCAACAAUAUCUCUGACAAGCAUGGAUUUACGAUCCUCAACUCAAUGCACAAAUAUCAACCAAGAUUUCACAUAGUGAAGGCAAAUGACAUCCUGAAGCUCCCUUGCAGCACAUUUCUCACCUAUGUGUUCUUUGAGACCGAGUUUAUUGCAGUUACGGCCUAUCAAAAUGAUAAGAUCACGCAGCUGAAAAUUGACAACAAUCCUUUUGCAAAGGGGUUUCGUGACACAGGAAAUGGCAAAAGAGAAAAGAGGCAGGACCUCACGCUGUUUUAUCCCCACUCCAUUUUCAAUGCAGCAUCAGUGCAUUACCAGCCAGUGCAACCCAGAGUGCACCCUCCCUACACAAGCAUCACUAACUGGGAUUAUUUCUCUUCUCCAAUAUCAUGCCCACAUAUUCCGCCUAUUGCUAAUGUUUCUAAUGAGUUCCAAUAUUAUAAAACUGUUUGGGGAGCAUUCACCAAAAAGAAGACAAUGGAUGAAGAGCAGAUGAAUAUUUGA